AUGUUCCCAGAGUCUGGCCCAGAGGCUCACGGAGGAACCGAGGAGCCCCUGCGGCUCCCAGGCGCUCCAGACCUCGGGCCUCUCCUCGCAAGCGGCCACAUGCUCCCACGAGCCCCCUGGACUUGUCCUGCUGCUGCCGCCCCUGCGUGGCAGCAGGCCCAGGAGCUGCAGGAACUGAUGCUGCUGCACUGGGCUCGCAAAGGGACAUGUGUGCCGCUCUACACCAGGAUGUGGCAGGCCUUGUGGAAAGAACUGGAGAAGCUGAGGCUCAGCGAGACCCGUCUGCCUACAGAAGGUGCAGAGCCCGUGGACAGGUCUCCCAGCUCCCUUGGACUCACGGACUUCAACAGCAUGGGCACAACCCUGACCCUCAACAUGGCCAGGGAGAGCCCCGAAGUCCAAAUGGGAGCCCAGCCUGAUGCAGGGGAGCCUUCUCAGGAGCAGCUGGCGCAGCAGCAAGCGUCCGGGAGCCAGCAGCUGUCAUUCCACAGCUCCCAGGACGCUGUGCUGGCUGUGCCGGCUGUGCCAGCAGGCAACAGCCUGAGCCCGGUGGUGGAGAUGAUCCUUGAGACACCAAGGAGGAUCCUCCACCUCCAGGAAGCUGCCCCACAACAGCCCUGGACUACCUCCAAGGCCUCUCGAGGAGCAGGUGAGAUCUCCUCAGGAGCUGUCGUUUCUUCCCUUGGGGGGGUUCCUGGGCGCAAGGCUGAUGCCUCGGUCCUGGCUGCAGGGCAAAAGAAGGAGCUGCAGGACCUGUACCAGCGGGGCCGGCAGCUGGGGAGCGGCGGCUUUGGCACCGUUUUCUCGGGCAUCCGCCUCUCGGACGGGAGCCCGGUGGCCAUCAAACACGUGGCCCGGGAGAGUGUCCUGCAGUGGGUCGAGCUGCCUGACGGCACCCAUGUUCCGAUGGAGAUCGUGCUCAUGGAGAAGGUGCGCUCCGGCUGCUACAACAUCAUCCAGCUCCUCGACUGGUUCGAGCAGCCUGACGGCUUUGCUCUGGUGAUGGAGCGUCCGGAGCAGUCGCAGGAUCUCCUGGAAUUCCUGCUGGAGCGGGACGUCCUGUGCGAGGAGAUGGCACGCUGGAUUUUCUGCCAGGUGCUGGAGGCCGUGCGGCACUGCACCGCCUGCGGCGUCCUGCACCGGGACAUCAAGCUGGAGAACCUCCUCGUGGAGCCGGAGAGUGGCGACGUGAAGCUCAUCGACUUUGGUUGCGGCACCUUCCUCCAGGAGCAGGCCUACACGCAAUUUGCCGGAACACGCGUGUACAGCCCACCCGAGUGGAUCUGCCUUGGCUACUACCACGGCCAUGCAGCCACCGUCUGGUCCCUGGGCGUGCUGCUGUACGUCAUGGUGUGCGGGAGCCUCCCCUUCCAGGAGGACCGUGACAUCGUGUGGCAGCAGCUCUUCUUCACGCGGCAGCUCUCUCCAGAGUGCCAUCAUCUCAUCUGCUGGUGCUUGUCCAAGCACCCUGCGCAAAGGCCACAGCUGGAGCAGAUCUUGCUGCACCCUUGGGUGUGGGGCAAGCGUUUUGGAUGCCUUGCCUGA